CUAUGCACUGACGCAAACCCAGUCUUUCCCACGGAGGUAUAGAAAGCUUUGCUCUUGCCUGAGCAAACUCCAGUCUACUCAUUUUGCCUGCUCUGCUGUUUUUACCUCUGCCGGUUCCAUCUGAUGCUAUUUUAGAUAUGGAUUACGCCAGUCAAAAGGAGAUGAGCAAGCAGCUUGUCAACAGCCCUGAAACGGUUGCCACUGGGCCACUGGAAAGUGCAGGAAUGAUAAGAAACAGCCCUGAAAACGAGCAGCCGCAGAACCUACCUUUCCAAGUUCCAUCCCAGCUGGCCAAGGUCGCCACAGCUCUCUCCAAUGACAACAAAACUUUGCCAUCCGAAGAAGCCAAACCAAAUGAUUCCGAGAGGACCAAAGUUGGGAUCUGCAAACUCGCCCCUGUGCAAACCAACUCCACCUUCGGCAAAGACUCUAUAGAACCUUUUCCUCUCAAGAAUGCCCCCGGAGCAGGGAUCACAGAGCAAGCUAACGCUGCCCCUUGCAAAAUCUCCCCCUUGCAAAGCACCGACGGGGAAGCGAAUCAAAGUCUUGGUAAGAGCACACUGGAGCAAAACAAUGCCAAGGGCGGUUGGGUGACCAUGAGCCAGAGCACCGUGGUAUUGGGCACAGAUGGGAACACUUCUGUUCUGCCUGGCAGUGUCACUGAGGAUGACGAUGAAGGGGAUGAAAAUAAAGCCCGGGGAAACUGGUCUAGCAAGUUGGACUUCAUCCUCUCCAUGGUGGGUUAUGCAGUAGGGCUGGGCAAUGUCUGGAGGUUCCCGUACCUGGCCUUUAAGAAUGGGGGAGGUGCAUUUCUUAUCCCCUAUUUGACAAUGUUGGCUCUGGCUGGAGUUCCGAUCUUCUUCUUGGAAGUUUCUCUGGGGCAGUUUGCUAGUCAGGGGCCUGUGUCUGUCUGGAAAGCCAUCCCUGCCUUACAAGGCUGUGGUAUUGCUAUGCUGAUUAUAUCUGUCCUAAUAGCCAUAUAUUAUAAUAUUAUAUUGUGCUACACACUUUUCUACCUUUUUGCAUCCUUUGUACCUGUGUUACCUUGGGCUUCCUGUAACAAUCCAUGGAACACACCGGAUUGUAGAGAUAAAAACAAACUUUUGUUAGAUUCCUGCAUCAUUGGUGACCACCCCAAAUUACAGAUAAAGAACUCUACUUUCUGUAUGAGUGCCUAUCCAAACUUGACAAUGGUAAACUACACCAGCCAUGUCAACAAAACCUUUGUCAGUGGCAGUGAAGAGUACUUCAAGUACUUUGCAUUGAAGAUUUCUGCAGGAAUUGAAUAUCCUGGUGAAAUCAGGUGGCCUUUGGCACUGUCUCUUUUUCUGGCUUGGGCAAUUGUCUAUGCCUCCUUGGCUAAAGGAAUCAAGACAUCAGGAAAAGUGGUGUACUUUACUGCUACAUUCCCUUAUGUAGUGCUCAUCAUUUUGCUAAUCAGAGGAGUAACCCUGCCAGGAGCCGGAGCUGGUAUCUGGUACUUCAUCACACCUAAAUGGGAGAAACUAAUUGAUGCUAUGGUGUGGAAAGAUGCUGCCACUCAAAUAUUUUUCUCUUUAUCUGCUGCCUGGGGUGGCCUGAUCACUCUGUCUUCCUAUAACAAAUUCCACAAUAACCUGUACAGGGACACCUUGAUAGUAACUUGCACCAACAGUGCCACAAGCAUAUUUGCAGGCUUUGUCAUAUUUUCGGUUAUUGGCUUCAUGGCAAAUGAGCUAAAAGUAGACAUUGAAGAUGUUGCAGACCAAGGUCCUGGGAUUGCCUUUGUGGUAUAUCCUGAAGCCUUAACCAGGCUUCCCCUUUCACCGUUUUGGGCUAUAAUCUUCUUCCUGAUGCUUCUUACUCUAGGCUUGGACACCAUGUUUGCCACUAUUGAGACGAUAGUGACAUCAGUUUCUGAUGAAUUUCCAAAGUACUUACGUACUCACAAGCCUCUGUUCACUCUCGGAUGCUGUGUUUCCUUUUUCAUCAUGGGCUUUCCUAUGAUUACUCAGGGUGGGAUGUACAUGUUGCAGCUUGUGGAUACCUAUGCAGCAUCUUACUCUCUUGUUAUAAUAGCCAUCUUUGAACUGGUUGGAAUUUCAUACAUUUAUGGCUUGCAAAGAUUUUGUGAAGACAUAGAGAUGAUGAUUGGAUUCCAGCCAAGCAAAUUCUGGAGAAUCUGUUGGGCUUUUGUGACCCCAACUAUUUUAACAUUCAUCCUUUGCUUCAGCUUCUAUCAGUGGGAACCAAUGACGUAUGGCACCUACCACUACCCAGGCUGGUCCAUGAUACUAGGAUGGUUGAUGUUGGCUUGUUCUGUUAUCUGGAUUCCCAUUAUGUUUGUGAUAAAAAUGCAUAUAGCUCCUGGAAAAUUUAUUGAGAGGCUGAAGUUGGUCUGCUCUCCACAGCCAGAUUGGGGGCCAUUUUUGGCUAAGCACCGCGGUGAACGUUACCAGAAUAUGAUAGACCCACUGGGAACAUCCUCUCUUGGACUUAAACUGCCACCAAAAGAUUUCGAGCUGGGGACCCAAUCUUGCUAAUUCCCCUGUUUGUGGCCAUGUUGUACAGCCAUUCCUUUGAGCUUGCUUGCCCUCUUUCUUCCUUUCUUCAUUGUCUCCUUUUUUCUUGUUCACAGUACCUGAAAGUGGUUGCUUAGGAAGUAGGAUUUAUUGUUGCAUGCCUGUAGUAAAGAACUAGAUAGACCACUUUAAGUGCUGCUUUUGGUUUUUUUAUAUGCAGUGGUGCCAGGAGGAAUAGUUUCACUGUGAAACAGUGACAAUCAGUCAGUUGCAUCAGGGAAUUGCUUCUCUGAUUAUUGGGCCAAUUCUGCUCUUAGGGCCAAUUCACACAAUAUAGUUUUUGUUUGUUGCAGCCACAUGAGUGAUAUACAAGUUGUUUGCACCAUCUGUCCUGGUAUAACAGUAUGAUUGUGCUGAGUCAGAGAGGGUUAGCAACUGUAUUCAGUGCUGGACAGAUAACUGGAUGGAGGCCAUAUAUCCAUGAUUGUCACUUCAUUGCAGAAAAAAGUGUUUUUUUCAAAUCACAAAAUCAAGCCAGCAUAUGAGUUCCUAGAGCCUUCAUUACAUGUAAAAAUCAGUGAACAUGGAGCUGAAAUGCUGGUCGCAAGUGCAGAUCCAAAUUCAGGGUAUGCAACACAACAGGGCAUCAUUUCUGAGGACUGCUGCAAAACAGGGUGCCACUGCCAUGCUUUGGGGUGAUUCUUGGGGCAAAACUAAAAAUAUUUGUAUUUUUCUCAGUGAUGCCAAUUUCAUUUUUCACACUAGACACCAGUUAGUCAAGAAUUUGGCCUGAGCAACUUGUUAAAAUAUGACGUCAAAUAUUUAUAUACUGCUUUUCAACAAAAGUUCCCAAAAUGAUCUACAUAGAUGUAUUUUUAAAAGAUGGAUCCCUGUCCCCAAAGGGCUUACAAUCUAAAAAGAAACAUAAGAUAGACACCAGCAACAGUGUCUUUGGGCCUAACCAAUGACUACAAGAUUUGUUGGAGUGCCAUUGGGCAGAUAACUUCAGACUUGUUCACACUACCAUUAAUUCAGAAUGGUCUUCGGAAGAUGUAUGUGCUCCCGAUUUUCAGUCAUGUUUGAGUAAAAUCAAGUAGGAACCAUCCCCCUUUUUAUGCCUUUUAUGCACUUUUAUUACUUUCUAGGCUUUUAUGCCCUCAUGCUUCUGCUGUACUCUUUUUAGUAUUAUUAUGUACCUUAAGUACUGUUACAUAUGUAACCACUUUUUAUCUAUUAUCACUUUUAACUUGCAAUCAUCCUUAUACUUUAUGAUGGUCUACAACUGUGAUAAAGACUGAUUGAUUGAGGUAGGAGCCAUGGACUGUGAUUGUCUGCUAAGCAUCAGGUGGGUAGGACAGUUUUUUCUCCUACCUCAUUCAAAGUGAGGCCAAAAUCCGGGUAAGGCAUGCUCAUCCAGCUAACCCUUAGCAGAUGAUCACGCUCCCCACCUCCUACCUUGAUUUUUACUUGUACAUGAUCGAAAAUUGGGAGCGCACAUCAGGAUGCUAAGGUUUAACCCUGAACAUCCCACAUUCAAAGCAUGUGCUCUUCCACUGAGCGAUGGCACCUGUUUUCUGCAUUCUGGAAUUAUUAAAGUCAUGGAACACAAAAAUGGAACUGGGUAUAUGACACAAUGGAAUGUUGUGGGAUGCAACUGAGCAGAGUAAGUAUUUUAUAGGAGUGCAAUGUGACUCACUGAUUUUGCCAAGAUGUCUUCCAUUCAGUGGCUGCUAUUUACUCUGGCAGUAGCUUGCUGUUUUGUAAUGAAGAUUUUUUUUAAAACAGCAUUUUAGUACAAGUGCACUAAUAUAAUAUGCUACUUGGCAUUGGUGUAGAGAUAAAUUAAUGAGGCUUUUUAAAAGGUAUAUGCAAGAGGAAAAAAACCCAUGAACACGGUGGCAUGUACUGUGUGACACGAAGCUGUAUCUCUGUCUUGGAAGCUAAUCCAAAAAGUGCCAAGCUGAGGCAGAUGGGCACCACUGUCUUAAUUAAUUUCAUGUAUUUUAAUUAAUAAUUGCUGGGUUCCCCCCCCCUUGUUCAUUAAAAAUGCCUCCGUGUUUCUUAUAUAUUCAUUUCCUUGGCCAAUUGAAGGGAGGGAAAUGUAAGUUUUUAUUUUAAGUUUGUCCCAGACAUGUUUUCCUGACUUCCUUCACUUUUUUCACAAUCUCUCCUUCUUGAGAAGCCAUUAUAUAGUUUGUGCCUAAUUUUAUAUGCCUACUAUACUAUGUAUAUCUAGCUUCCACAUACAAAACGGUUGUUAGAAUGUAGCUGUGUAGUUCAACUGUGUGUUUUCCCUGCUCUUUUCUUACAAAGUUCUUUAUACAGCCUUCUGAUAUAUUCUUCUCUUUCAGCAAGCAGGGUGAAUGAAACAACUGAACCCUGAAGUCAGUCUAUAUAGCUGUUAUUGUUAUGAUUAUUAAAUACAGUGCAUAACUUUGUAAAGACAGAUUCGUCCUCAAAACAAUGAGGCAUACAUGCUUUGAUUUUAUUCUCCCAUCCCAAAUGAGGUCAUUCCUAACUCAUAUCCUAUAAACCACCAACACAAGUUGCAAUGAUAGAGGGAUAAUGUCAACCCGGAGAGAGCAAGGAUUCCGCUUCUGGGCACACCACCCACCAACCACUCUGCAUUGUGUUACUGUGCACAGAAUACCCCAUAGCAUUGCACUGAAAUAUGCACAGUGAUAUGCAAAUAGUAAUCUUAAACUAGUGUUUACUAAAAAGUAGAUUGAAAAUAGAGCUUGUAAGAAUACAUUCAAAGAACUCCAUAGAAAGUUUACUGUAAAUGCACUAUCCAUGAGGGAGAAAAAUAUGUCUUCAAUAAUUGGCAAAACUGUAACCUUUAGUAUCCUCUUGUAUCUUGUUACAUGCAUAUAUGAGGUUUUAAAAAGUGAUCAGUGUUCAUGUAGUGUGUACUAGUGCUGUUAUAUAUCCCUAUAAAAUAUCUUAGCAACCAGUGUAGAGAUGGUGAGUUUUAGAGUAGUUUUGCCUGUUUAUUUCCCCUUCCCAGUGUUCGUAGUAGCCAAUUUAACUGUACUUUCAGGGGACUGUUUAUAUCAUCUCCUUCCUUUUGUCCAAUUGUCUUCUCAUUACAGGGUCUCAGGUAAACUUUGAGUUAAAAAUCUGUGUUUUGUAGAUGUGCUGUUUUCAUCCUGUCGGGGAAAAAAGUUUUAGAAAUGGAAACUAAAAUGACUAAACCUAAAUACGUUUUUAAAUAUUAUAGGGUAUUUAUAUAUAUAUAUAUUGUUUGUGUGUGUGUGUAUGAAUGGGUGUGUACACAAACAUACACACACACACACACACACACACACACACACGGCACAAUCCAGUCAAAACUAAACACUUUUUAAGUUCCCACUGAUUUUAACAGAAGAAUUUUAUAACAUGCUUAAAUUUCUGCCAAUAUAAUAAAUAGGGUUUAAAUGUGCUUAACCUCAACUGGAUAGAAGUUCUUAAUCGUUUUGAUGAACUUUCUCUUUCAUAGGGAAAACAGUGUUGCCAGUCCUUUGCUGCUGCAAGAAACCUGUCAGUUUUCAGGCAGCCAAUAUGAAGCACAAUCAGGUAAAUUGCCAUCAAAUUGAAUAGAAUUUUUUAAAAUGCUCUAUCAACGCCUCUUCUUCAAAUUGGAUGAGCUCAGUUGGUUAGGAACUUCUCCACAAAUGCUCCAAUGAAAUGAAUGGGACUUGUGCGUGAAGCUCCUUUCAUUCCAUAGGGACUGGCCAGGUGAUGUUCCAGUAUGUUGUGUGAGCCCUUAGGGGUCACACAUUGGCCUGAUGUAACUUGAAGAGCUAAGACACUGGACCCUUAGAGAUCUUACCAGUGCUGGGGGCUUAACAUGCAGUGCUGGGGGCACAUUUGCCAGAUGAUUCAGUGGAGGGAACUGCUAACCCCACAUUUGCUCUUAAAUUUAUUCCUCUGCCUGAACUAUUUUGAAGAUCCACAUCCUUGUUUUUGUUUUUUUGUUUAUUUUUUACAUUUUAUAUCCCGCUCUUCCUCCAAGAAGCCCAGAGCAGUGUACUACAUACUUCAGUUUCUCUUCACAACAACUCUGUGAAGUAGGUUAGGCUGAGAGAGAAGUGACUGGCCCAGAAUCACCCCGCUAGUAACAUGGUUGAAUGGGGAUUUGAACUCGGAUCGCCCCGGUCCUAGUCCAGCACUCUAACCACUACACCAUGCUGGCUCUUGGCAUGAUUAAAUUUUCAUAAACAUGAGUUGGAAAUUAGCUUUUGCAAACAUCCAUGGCUGGGGAAUAAAAAUCUGUUUCACACUGAAAUGAAUGAUCAGAAUAUUUUCUAAAUGGAAUCAUAGAGAAAAUGGAUCCAAGUCCAUGAAUCCUAUCUAGUAAUAUUAUGUGACACCAGAGUGAUCUUCUUUUGGGCAAUAUAUUUUAACCUUUCUAUCUUAAACAUAAUUUCAUGUUUUGUAACUCAUUCCAAAUUUAGCCACUGAGUGUUGGUGCACAACAAAAUAUUUUAUAGUACUUAAAUUAUUUCUUUUUUAUCAUUUAAAAAACUUACUAGUCAUGUUGUCAGUUAAAGUAGCACUCAAAGUGGCAUACAAAGGAAAAUAAAACAUUGUCAAACUAAAACAUAAAAGCCCAUCACCAUCUGUCCCCAUGCUAUGCUAGAGGAAGGCUGCAGAUUCCUGGAGUAGAUUCGCUGUUCAAAGAGGACUGCCCCUACUCUGAUGAAGCGGGCCACUUCCGGCAGCAGAUUGUGGGCCAGCUGCAACAUGGAGGCCUGCCGCUCCUGGGAUAGUCUGCCUAGGAAUGAAGAUGAAAUGGCACUAUGCUGCUUUUCCUCUUCUCUUUCAGAAAAAAAGAAGUGGGUGGGGGACAGUAAGAGGCUGAAAUUAGAACUGGGAUUGCAAUUUGAAUAGAAAACAAGGAAGAGAAUAGGAGCCGCUUUAGGUAGCAAAAUGUCAUGGGUCGUUAUAAUAACCUCGUUACAGAUUAAUUAAACUGUUGUGAUAACCAAAAGAUACAAAUAAGAUGAAUAUUUAUAUACCACUUUCCAACAAAGGUUCCCAAAACAGUUUACAUAGAAAUAAAUAGAUAGAUAGAUUUACAGUUUUAAUGCUUUUAACUUGUUUUAAGUUUUAAAUUGGUUUAAUGUUUAAAUUUUGUUUUGAUUGUGUUUUGAUUGUGAACCGCCCAGGGACAUAAGUUUUGGUUAGUAUAGAAAUUUGUUAAAUUGAUUAAUUAAUUAAAUGUUUGAAACAUGGAUGAAAGUUAGGGAUUAUUCAUGCUAGCAUCUGGGCACUUGCUGGUCACAUGAAACAUCUUUGUGAGCUGGUUCCUGCCAGUCACAUGCAGCCACAACCAUAUGCAAGAUUCAGCUUUUGGCACACAUUGGCAAUCAUUCUAAUAUACAUAUGGCAAAUAUUUAUAUACUGCUUUUCAACAAAAGUUCCCAAAGCGGUUUACAUAGAUAUAAGUAAAUAAAUAAAAUGACUCCCUGUACCUAAAGGGCUUAUAGAUUAAAGAGGAAAGAUAAGACACACACCAGCAAGAGCCACUGGAGCGAUGCUGUGCUGUGGAUGGAUAGGCCCAGUUGUUCUCCCCCUGCUAAAUAAAGAGAAUCACCAUUUUAAAAAUGUGCCUCUUUCCUCUGUUCACAAGGGACCAGUGUUCCCUGUAAGAGGGAAUCCCAGAUGUUGUUGACUACAGCUUCCAGAAUCCCUAGCUGUAAUGGGCAUUGGCUGAAGAUAAUGGGAGUUGUAGUCAAGAGCAUUUUGGAUUUUCUGUUAGAGGGAACACUGCAAGGGACAUUCCGGUAGCAGUGGACAUUCAUUCAGGAGAUCGUUCAAAAACAAAAACAAAAAUAAAGUAGGACCAUGCCUAAGGCUGAAUCCUACAUGUGGCCAAAGGCUGUAGGCAACAAGCUCAUUAAAAGCAGGGAAUCAAAAUGCACAAAUGUUUCAGAUAAUUUUUAAGUGUGCCCAUGGCUCUGAUGGCCAUAUAAAAUGGUCCUUAAUGCCAUGGAAAUCUAUAAAGCUGUUCUGGAGUAUGUGUUCUGAGAACUGCAAUACAUGUAAGAUGGAGAAAAUAUAUUAAUAGCAUACAAACAUCACAGGCUGGUAUGUAUUAGUUGGAGAAGAAUAGCUAUUUUAAACUGCCAUUUUCCAAAUUUUAAAACAGUAAUUUUCUAUUACUGAUGGCAAAACUUAAUCUGAUGGCAAAACUGCUCUUGGCAUGUAAGCUUAAGUUGAGGGCACUCAGUAUGGACAGUAUCUUAGUUUCUACAUUGCCUAGAUUGCAUAAUCUAGAAAUUUGUCAAAAACAAACAAACAAACAAAAAGGAAUCCAGUCUUUGCUGAUCUGGCCAUUUCAAUGAAAGCAAAAGCAUGUGUUCAUUUAGCAGGGUUUAAACGAAGCAUUAUAUUUGACUUAGUAUGAUAUAACCAAACAAAUUUGGUUAUAUAAUAAUCAAGUAUAUGUCAUAGCUAUUUGGAUUGUCUACUAGUGAUUGCACAUAUUUUAUGAGCACUUCCUGAUCAUCAAAGUAUUUUAGUAACUGUAAUUUUAAAAAUAUAAAACAAUGAAAAAGCCAUAUUUACAGAAAGGUGACAUAUCUAUUUCUAUAAACACUGACCUUGCAAAAGUAAGUAAAAAUCUAAUAGUGGAUUGUCUCUGUAGCACAUUUUGUCUAACAAAUGAGGUGAACUUUUGAAUAAGCCAGAUGCACUAUUGUAUACAUUAAAAUGAUAUUUGAUUAAGAAAUAGACACCUUCAAAUAAUGUGAGGGUCAUCUGCAUAGUACUUGUGUUUCUGUUCAACACAGCAGUGCUUUGUUUCCAAAAGGAGGGUUUAACAAAAUGACAUGUAAUUUUUAAAAAAAAAGGUUUAGUAUGUGUUUAGACUAAUGUUUCAUUUGGGUCAAGUAACUGUUUCUAUCAGGUUCUGCUCUAUUGAUUGGAUAGAUGUGCCUCUGCACUGGAAAAAAAUAAUCCUCUUUAUUAUGGUUUAUUAUCCCCAUAAAAUGUCAUUUAGCAUUAACAAGUCUCCCCUCCACUCCUCCAUACCUUUUUGUAUACGUGUGCAAUUAUGUGGUUUAUGAGCUUAUAGUGGUCUCUUACUAUAAUUAUUGCUUAUUUCAUGCAGAUGUUGGUUUUUUCCUUUCCUAUUAAAUGGCACCUUUUAGCAGGAUUUCUAUCUCAAAUGAAGAAAGGCACGAGUGGAAUGUCAAUCCUUUCAGUUGCAAGCUUGGCAGGUGUUCCUCUGCUACAGGGAGAGGUUAAUCCAGCAGAUGCUGCUGCUGUACAACCCACAUCUCUUUAAAACCUGGCUUGAAUGGGAACUCUCCCAGCCACACAAAUGCUAUUGAACUGAACAGAGGAUGAGCAGUAGUGGUGUUUGCUGGAUGGCUCCCAGGAAGUGUUUCAGCCAGAAGUCCUACACAGUGCCACUAGCCACAAUGUGUUUAUGCGACUCUCUUUUCCUAGCCUGUAGCUAAAUUUCCUGCACUUAAUAAGCAGUGCAUACUGACAUGGCUGGAAUUUAGCAUUCCAUGGGACUCAUACUGUAGACUUAAGAGGGAAGGGAGAAAAAUGUAUUUAUGGUUUCUGCCUCCAUGUCACUCUCAGGCAGCCAUGAACCAAAGAAAGAGAGAGAGAGAGAGAGAGUGUGUGUUUGCUUUUGAUGAACUGAAUUUAAAAUGUGAGGGCUGGGGCUGGACCUUUUUGCUUGGAAUAGUAUGAUUUUGCCCACCAUGUUUUAAAUACAUCUUCAGGUAACCAUUUGCCUUAUAGGUGUAUUUCAUUGUUAGGAAUAAAAUUAGUGUUUGACUAGAAUAUAUUAUUGUCAGUCACCUAGAGUAUAUAGUGUACUUUGUGUCUUUUAGGCACUUUAUUGUGGACCUAUCUUGGAAUAGGUUAAUUCUUAAUUACUUGCGUAAUGUCAUAAAUACUUACAGGCAUUCUAUAGGGGUACUGCUGCCUAUGGAUAAAGAUAUGUACCCUAAUCAGGACGUUAUAUUUUCUCCAUGUAUAAGCUAAUGGGAAAAAAUACAUUAUGUUUCAAAGGAUGCAUAUCAUAAAUAUAUAUAAAUAUAUAUAUCUUAUAUAGCACCUAUGAUGAUAUACUAUACAUUAUUCAUGUAAGAAAUCAUUAUUCUUGAGGCCCUACCUCAGAUUUUGUAUUUAUGUGUACAAAUGCAAUUUACUGUAUUCUAUAUUUGCCUAUUAUAUACUGAUGUUAUAAAUUAGAAUCUAUCCUCUAAUGUAUGAGUUCAGGAAAAAGAAGAAACAUAAAUAAAUGUCCAGUGUUUAAAAGA